AUGCAUCCCAUUACAGAGUCGUCCUUUUAUGGGUCUCUGUACGACCAGCAACAACCAUGCACCACUAACACUACCACCACCACAACCACCACAACCAAUUCAACUGCCAACACAACAUCUACGACGUCGACGACGCAUGACCAUGCAACACCAUCCUCAUGCUGUGACGACGAUGCCCUCUAUCAAACGUAUAAUCGAUUCUCCAUUGGCGAUGAAGAAGAGGAUGAUGAAGACAAUACAACGUGUUCAUUAUGCAACAAUCAUCAUUCACCACACCAUAAUCGACAUGAAGCAAAAACGACCGCCGAUGAUGUAUACGAGCGCAUGGAUAAGCAAACAGCCAAACGCAUGCAUGCGAUUCGUGAAUUAUUGCAGACAGAGCGAGAUUACGUGGUUGAUCUAGGUCGAUUGGUGGAGGUGUUUUUUGAAGUACUAAGUCGACAAGAAUGGAUUCCUCAUGAACAUAAACUGGUGAUCAUUCGUAAUGCAGCGGACCUUUUGGCGUUUCACAGGGAUUUCCUCGUUGCCUUGGAGAACCCUAGACAACAUCAAGUAUUCGAUGAUGUGGAUGAUCAGGAGGAGGAAGAAGAACAACAUAUCGCCAACACCUUUUUGGAUAUGGGCAAUGAUUUCCAUCUAUACACUGAAUACUGUGAUUUCCAUGACGAUGCAUGGCAACUAUGUGAAGAAUACCGUGAUCGACCUGAAUGGGCCUUUUUUCUCAAGGAAUGCAUGGCAGCUGAAUCAGCAACCUCUUCGGUGGCUACAGGGUCAUGUUUGGAUCCCGCAGCUGGUCUGAUGGGCACAACAAGUCAUGGUGGUGGUAGUAGUAGUGGUAGCGGUGUUUUACCAGCAGGCAAUGGAAAACGACUUCAAUUUGAAGAUUAUCUUAUCAAGCCUGUACAACGGAUAUGUCGAUACCAGUUACUCAUGCGAGAAAUACUCCGCUAUACACCACCCGAGAAUCCAGGAUUUGAGACAUUGCAACAAGCCAUGGAUCGAAUGCAAGUCAUUGUCACCACCAUUGAUCAACGUAAACAUGAACGGCAUAUACGUGAACGCACAGACCGAUUUGUGCAACGUUUGGCAGUGGAUAAUGAUUGGAGGAUCGGACGACAACAUGUGGCACGCUUGGGCAGUUUACUCAUUGCAGGUGCUAUUGAAGUCACUUACACGGCACUUGGUCAAAGUGUCGCCAAACCACGUUACCUUGGUUGUUUUAUCUUUUCAGCCUACAUGAUUUUGGUUCGACCCAAAAAAGUGACAUCCUAUGAACCCAAGCAUUGGUUUCCUUUACGAUUGGCAGAGCUUGAGGACUUGGCGGAUGUGGAAGGUCAAAGAGAGCAUGCCUUUGUGGUGCGAUGCAAGAAACAUACGUUUGCCUUUAGUGCAACAUGCCAUGCGGAGAAGCAAUUGUGGAUGCGCCAUUUACGCAAUGCCAUGGAAACGAGUCGUGAACAAGAACAUGAUGUAGUGGAUUUGAUUGUGCCUUCUUUGUCCGGGAUCCCUGAUGGAAAAGGAGGUAGCAGUGGUGUAUCAACAGCAGGAGCAGGAGGAUCGUCAUCAUCAUCACAACAGCAGGAACAAACAAGUGGUGGCGUACGAUUAUCACGAUCCUUUACCAACAUGCUGGAUCUCAAAUCACCUGUGGCACCUAUCAAACGAUCCGUAUCCACCAGCAUUCAAUUAUUGGAACAGACACGAGGAGCGGAUGAUGAAUUGAUGACACCCUUACCAAGAACCACCAAGCUCAAAAAACGACAUUCAGCUGAUUACCCUACACGACGCAAAGAUGAGCAUCCACCCAUGAUCAAGACACGCAAUCAUUCCGAAUCCUAUAUCACCACAGGACGUAAACGACCUGGAUCCAUGGACAUGUUAUCAUCCUCAACAUCAUCAUCAUCCUCACCGAGUAUGAUUGGCAAGAUCAAGAGCAAUCAUCAAAACGCAUUACGCAUUGCGGUGGAUCACAAAUUGCAUGAUGUUUGUACACAAGAUUAUCUAUCGACACGAUUCAAUUUGAAUGAUAGUAUGCGGAAACGUAAAUCCAUGCCAUCAUUCAUUCGAUCCUCUGCAUCCAGCUUUUCCAUCAUGUCACCUACAACAACAACUACAACCCAUACACCCAUGUUGUAUCAUCGCCGUAUCAGUGAACAAUCCACCACGCCAUCCACCACGACUACCACCACACCUUCUCCUCCACCUCAACCAACCAUCACCACAACCACUACACGCUAUGAUCCAGAAUCUUAUUUCAAUGCAUCCGAUUCUCCUUAUCCACGGCUACAACUACCCUUAGCACCCAUUUAUCAUGAUGGCGACGAUGAUGAAGAAGAUAUUUACAGUGCAUCAGGAGCAGGAGCAGGUACCGUUGUUGGAGGAGAAGGAAGAGGUACUGCCAUGACAGAACCCCCUGGAUCUUAUGGUCGCGCAAGAGGCAGUCUUCAUCAUCAUCAUCAUGGUGUACCAAGCAUGUACUCUGCUAUGGACCCAUCUCAUCGUACACUCUCAACGUUUACGCUACAUCACAAGACCAAUGCAUUGGUGGAUCGUGUGUUUGAUAAAUUCAAGUUGACCAAAAGUAUCAGCACACGUCGUCGUAGACAACAUCAACAACAACAAGAGAACGAUUAUGAUGAUCCUUCAGAAGAUGGUCGUUCGUAUCAUCAUCCCAUGAGUGAUACCGAUACAACACGACCUUAUGAUACCCUAUCGGAUGUAGCUUCAAGGAAAACAACAACCCUUCGAUCAAGAAAAGCAUCCACUUUAUUUCGAUGGAUCCGAAGCGAGGAUGGUCAUGCAUCCAAUACCACUACCACCACCACUACUACUCGACGACCCCCACCGCCACCACCACCCCCUUCUUCCACUUGUUCAACUGAAUAUCAACAUCGUCGUCGUCAUCGUCAACAACAACAACAACAACCAACCGCAUUUGCUUACGCAUCCACACCUGCACAACAACGUCCUCGAUGGAAACGAAGAUUUAGUACACGUAAUAUAGCGGAUCAGUGUAGAUGA